AAAGGAUUAUCAGAUCUCUGUAUCGAGCCCAAUCUGUGCAUUCAUGCUUUAUGUGCCCUAGCGGUAUUUCUUUCGACAGCAUAUUAAUUCAUUGGACCUUCGGCUAUUUCUCGGCUAGUCCAGGUUCCCCCAGCUUUGCUGCGACACCUAAGCUCCUCCGUACUGCGUACUAUCUGCUAGUCGCCCCGAUAAUGUCACUAUUACAUCCUCUAGCCAUUUUUGCUUCAUGUGAAUGGCCCGCGUCCGCGUAUGUCGUUAGUGGCUCAGACAAAGUGACCUCCCAUGGGUGAGUCAGAAACGUCAUGAGCAAAGCCUGAUCAUGGGAAUUCCUCAAGCAAUCGUAUUGGAUUAUACUGAUACAUCACGGAGUCAAUCCUGCACAUGUC